AUGAGGCAAGUAUUUAUGGGUGGUUUCAGUGCCGUCAGUUCACUGUCAGCUAAUUUGGUCGCAGUUUCCGAUCUGCUUGAAACUUGCGGUGUAGCCAGUGGAGAGAUUAUUGUUCGUUGGUUCCACAAAUGCUCAGGUGAUAAGCGCUGGACUCCAUUUAGUGGAUAUGAUUCUCUAAACCUCGAAUCGCGACAUCGGUCCUUUUGCGCAGAAUUACCACCGGUGCUCCUCAGUGCAUCUUGUCCCUCGGAUUUGGGAUCUGAUACUCCCACUCGGAAAUUUUGCAGCCCAAAACCGAACUUCAGCGAUAGGGUCAUUGUUUCUGUUAAGGGUGGCCUGUACGAUGUUGAUAUUAGAAAUCGCCUAUGCUUACCAGUGUAUUGGACAGGAAAACCCAUGCGCGUUUUACGUGGUACCUGGUUCCGAGAAUCAACUUCCGGUUCACUGGAACCUCUGGACGACGAGUCAAUGGUUGAUCAAUUGGAAACCGAUUAUUCAAAAUUCUUUCUAUGCUCUACUGCUAACGGGACGGUUUCCAGCUUGUUUGACGUCGCGGGUCGUCGCAGCUGGAAUGAUAAGACACGUGGAACAAGCCGAAAAAGACCGCAUAUCACCCUGCAAAAUGUAAACGCUCCGGUUCUCACUGGUGGACGCAUCACACGUACAACCGAGUGUGUGGCUUCAUUAUUCACUGAUGAUGCGAGGCAACCGCCAUUUUACCAGGCCCAUGCCGUUGGGACGUCAAAUGUAGAUGUGAAGCGAAGAAAUCCUGUGCACACGGUUCGCUUUGCGGAUUGUCAUGUCGAUUUCUUUGGUCCUGCUGAAAUCUACUUAUAUUAUGACUCAACUGCUCUCUACAUCCGUCAAAAAUUGGGAAUGCAAAAAGUAGGCACACGCUUGUAUCGUGGGUACAAUCAGGUUGCGAAUCCUGAUGAUAAACCUCCAGACGUCACGCAUUUGUGUUUCGUCAUUCAUGGCAUCGGUCAAAAGAUGGGAAGCAAUUCAAUUCUGAGAUGCGUGAACGGAUUGCGUGAGUCGUGUGCAAAGCUGCAAUCGAAGUACUUCACUUCACCUGAAUACGCAACUCAACGAUUGGAGUUUCUGCCAGUCGAAUGGCGAUCGUCACUACAGUUGGACGGAGACACGGUGGACUCAAUCACUCCGACGCACGUGCGUGGUUUACGGACCACAUUAAACUACUCUGCGAUGGAUAUUAUGUACUACACUAGCCCAUUGUAUCGUGCCGAAAUUAGUUCCGGACUUCUCGCAGAGCUGAAUCGCCUAUACACCAUAUUUUGCACUCGUGAUCCGCACUUCGAGUCCCGCGGAGGAAAAGUUUCCAUUAUUGCUCAUUCUCUUGGUUGCGUUCUGAUGUAUGACCUGAUCACCGGAUGGAGCCAACCACUGCAUUCGCCACAAGUCAAUGGGUUGGGCACGAUUGAUGGUCAUGAUUGCUCCGACCAGAGACUCAACGGUCUAGCGAUGGCGAAUCCUCAUGCAAACAUCACCGCAACACCAUCCAUGAACCACCAUCAAUGCAAUCCUCCUCGUUCCACCUCUCUUGUUAAUUCGUCUGUUGCAGGGGUGAAUGCUACCGCAGUUGACAAUGAAACCUCUGAUGUAGCCAAUGAACUAACCGACUUGCCACCGGAGUUUCUACAAAAGCUUGCCCAUGUCAGUUUGAAACUGGAAGUCGCGCGAACCGAAGUAAGCCAAUUAGAGCAGGAAUUAUCCCACCUGCGUCGACUUCGCCCCCACGUUUGCUUGAAGGAUGGUGAAUCGGGGAACAAGCGGAUCCACGCUAACUCUGGUGCGCCGACACAUCCCUCUCUCGAAUGCUCUUACUUCACGUCAAACGCACUUCCAUUCAAAGACAAUCUCCAGAGCUUCUUCUGCUUGGGAUCUCCGUUGUCCGUCUUUUUGGCACUUCGUGGCAUUCGACCUGGCAACCACAUCACACAAGACAAUAUCCUUCCACGCCGUUUAUGUCCCCGUAUUUUCAACAUCUAUCACCCCGCAGAUCCGGUGGCCUAUCGCUUAGAGCCGCUAGUGCUGAAACACUAUUCUUUUGUACAGCCGUCAAUUAUCCAUAGGGCGGAUGCCGCAAGCAAGCCGGAUUAUGAUGACCUUCCACUGGUUACGAUCUCUGGUCGGGAAAUUCCCAGGCGCCGGCAACCAGACCCCGUCCCCGGAGGUCCCUUGUCUCCUCACCGGUUUCUUCAGAAACAUUGUACAAAUACAUCAACCCUCAUACCCAGAUGUAACUCCUCCGAAGCAUCGCGUGUGUCUCUUACAAGUCUAGUUCUUGGGUUCUUCUCUCGAUCUGCCGUCGAUGCAGAGCCCACCUCCCUUCAGCCAGCUGAGCAGUCGAAGCACACUAUAGCUAGCCGGGCGGAUUCAGCUGAUAGUGUACUCAACGGGGCGAGCAGCGGGAACUUCUUCGAUCCACCGCAGGCGUCUCCACAGCCAAAAUCUAACGAUUUCGGGAGGUCCCGGAGCCUAACCGAGUCCGCCACUGAAAUCUCAGAAAUCAACAUUCCAUCGGGUGAACAACUCAUCCAUGAGGAUUCUCCUCAAUUAGAACACCGGUUGGACUAUCAGUUGCGCGCAUCUCGCUAUGAAAACUGGUAUUUAUCUGUGCUAACGUCUCAUACUAGUUAUUGGUACAAUGCGGACGUUGGAAUGCUCAUUUUGUCUCAACUACUCGGCCCAGCGGCUUCAAAGUAGAGGAUCCAAAUGCAUGGUUUGCCCGCUGUCGGAUCACCUUUCGUCUUUCCAUUUUGUGUUUUGAUCCCUCCAUAUCUUUCCUACCAUUUACUUUGUUUAUUUCAAACCUGCUUUAUGCAACAAAGUGACCCAUACCAGCUCGGAGUGUCACAAACAAUUCCCAUCUUCCUGUUCAUUCCUCUAUCAGAUCACUGUUUGUGUCGAAGUUUUAUCCAUCGUCUAGGACAAUCUAGCCGGGAUCUUUCGUUUAUUUUCAUAAUCUGUUCAAUUCUUUGCUCUGCUUUAGUGUUCCAGCACUGCACAAUAAAAAUCGUUCCUCAUGC